AUGUCCAUCUCAGAUGCACACAAGUUGGGGUGCCACCACGUGUGCACCUCACGGAAUGGUAACGUCGCAGCGAGCGCUGGAUUUGGCGGCGAGGUAAAAAUUUGGAAAGUCGACAGCGACACUGGCGAAUGGAGUUUGGAUGGUGAGAUUACAGGAUCUUCAUCUAAGCCUGGUGAGGCCUGGGCUAUGGCGUUGAGUGAGAAUGGAUCUUACCUGGCUACUACAACAAACGAUGGCCGAGUCAACGUUUGGGAUGUCAUGGGUGAGAAGAAGCCCAAGAUUCGUGAGUACGAAACCGGAAGUGCUGGAUCUGGAAGCUUUGGCAUGUCAGUGGACUUGAGCCGGGAUGGGAAAUACACGGCCAGCGGCCACCAGAAUGGAUCUGUCUACAUUUUCAACAAUGAUACAGGAAGAGUCCUGUACUCAUUAUCUGGUCUCGCAAAGCCUGUACGAUCAGUUGCCUUUUCUCCUGGUAACACUCGACUUGCUGCUGCAGGUGACGCUGGAAUCAUCGCACUCUACGACAUAAAACAUGGAGAACAUGUUGGGAACCUGACUGGACACUCCUCGUGGGUCACAUCACUCGACUGGAGCGAUACAGGAGAGUACCUGCUAAGUGGCUCAAUGGAUGGGAAGGUCAAGGUAUGGUCAAUUGAGCGAAGCGCGUGUGUGGCAACCCAUAGUGAGACGGACAAAGCUCUUUGGUCUGUAAAGUGGCUACCGAAGACUGUCAGAAGCGAGAUGUUCUGCACUGCUGGCGCAAACAGGAGCCUUUCGUUCUACCGAGAGGCUACUGGUGGUUGA